AUGAAAACAAAUAACUAUGCGAUAUGAAUCCCAAGUUAACACGAUAAGAAGACCAGCGCCAAUGUGUGCGACAAGAUGUAUAAUGCUAUUGAAAUACCCGAUUCCGACGACGAUAUGUCGGAACCAACGCUAGAUUUACCAAAAUCAGUUUCCAGCAUUGCUGAAAUAAACGAGCACACACCCGAAAAGCAAAGAAAGACUUCGAUUUCCACUGCAGCACCUGAGGCAGUCACAGCCACAACACCGGGAUCUGCAUCAUACGAAACAACUGGCAGUGUUCCCCCAAAGACAAAAAAUAACAUCAGCAGCAGCUCUAAUCAGAUGCAAACAAAAAACCAAGGACGCCAUAGAUCACGAAAAACGCAACAUACAGUACGCAAUGCACUCGAAAAUGAAAUACAAUUUGAAACAAUACCGCUCGAUGAUGAAACUUCAGCAGCCCAAGAGCAACUGGUGAAGGAGAACGAAAAGCUAAAUGUUGUCAUCGGAAAUCUAAUAAACACAGACGAGAUGCAAACAGUUGUGCAGAGAAUUGCCAAUGAACGAGUGCGUUGCAACUUCCUAUUGACUACCUAUCACUUGCCUGACAUGCAUUUUGCACUAAACACACCCAUUGAAAUGCUCAAGUUUCAGUUCCAGGAGCGACUCAAGCAGCGCAGGGAGCGAUUGAAUGCAACAAAACCAGCUACAGCAAACAAAAGCAAGUCUGAACAGUUAUAGCAAAAAUAAAUUACGUAUAGAGAAUAGUUAG